ACAGCGAUCAAACAUAGAGACUCGAUGAUUCUGGUAGACAUUCAUCACACAGCAAUCCAACAUAGAGACUCAAUGAUUCUGGUAGACAUUAAUCACACAGCAAUCCAACAUAGAGACUCAAUGAUUAUGGUAGACAUUAAUCACACAGCAAUCCAACAUAGAGACUCAAUGAUUCUGGUAGACAUUAAUCACACAGCAAUCCAACAUAGAGACUCAAUGAUUCUGGUAGACAUUAAUCACACAGCAAUCCAACAUAGAGACUCAAUGAUUCAAUGA